UUCGGCGGCCAAUGCGCCAUCACAGUGAGCGCGGGCACCACCGCCGAGAAGACCCUCUGGCUGGCCGAACUCUCCAAGGCGGCGGCGGACAUCAAAAAACCGACCGCCCAACAUGCAACUGCAACUGACGACGCUUAAGAACUGCAGUUCCUCGGAGGAGGGGCUGGACCUGUUCGGCCUGAGCAACGGGAACAACAGCAGCUUGAACAGCAGCGUCAACGGGGGCGGACCGCUGAGCCCGCAGCAGCAGCAGUUGCAGCUGCAGCAGCAACAGCAGAACAGGACGCAGCCGUCGCGAAGCAACACCGCUCUGCACGUCUGCUGGCAUCGUGGCGCCACCGUAGGACUGGGCGACCACCUGAUUGCCGCCGAGAACCAGCUGUCCGGGUAUCUGCUGCGCAAGUUUAAGAACAGCUCCGGCUGGCAGAAGCUCUGGGUGGUGUUCACCUCCUUCUGCCUGUACUUCUACAAGAGCUACCAGGACGAGUUCGCCCUGGCCAGCCUGCCGCUGCUCGGCUACACAGUGGGUCCUCCGGGCCACCAGGACGCUGUUCAAAAGGAGUUCGUCUUCAAGCUCUCCUUUAAGAACCACGUCUAUUUCUUCAGGGCGGAGAGCGCGCACACCUACAACAGGUGGCUGGAAGUGCUGCGCAGCACGACACAAACCCAGGACUUCAAGAACAUACACAGCCACGCUGUGCUGGGCAACUAGAAGGAACACUUUGCUUUCGGGGAAGCGUCACUGGUCCAACACGUAACCUUUGUGCUUUUCCAAAAAGGAGGCACUCGAUCAACCAGAUACGCAUAGGGACGCCUUUUAGUAUUCUAUUUUUAUACCACGUAUACACCACAACAAUAUUUCCAUUUUAUAUACUUUAACUCCAACAUUACUCAGUGUAUUCUAUAUGUAUCCUUACACGACCAGCUUUAAGGUGUAUUUGUAAAUAAUGUGUUUGUCCUUUCGUUUGGUUAUUCGUCUUUUUGGCAAUUAUUUUGUAUUUUUUCUGUACUUUAACGUCUACCUUUAUGGCUGGUUUUGUUUUUUUUUAUUUUCCAAGUUACGUAACUAUCCGUAUCCGUAUGUUUAAUCGAUAUACAUUACGAAAAAAAAAUAUGGAGAAGCGAAUUGAUUCCAAAAUCAAAUAAAUAUCUUGAAAGGAUCUGUGUAAUAGAAAUUCAAUUUUCUUACGUAAAUUAUGCAAUUUUUAAUCAUAAGCUUAAGUCAUUAACUUUAAUAGAAGUAAUAAAGCUUAAAGAAAAUUAACCAAAACAA